AUAUGAGUACUGUAUGAGUACCUGGUACGGGUACGUGUGUCCAGUCGUACGUGAUACUCGUACGCAGACCUUUCCUCAGUUGUGCUGUACGGUGUACGGUACGAGUAGGGUAAUAGCUAUAUCCAUCGUUUAAUUUCUGUACCGUACAUUACUGUACAUCCUGUACUGGUACGCAAAAAGACGACGACUUAAAAAAAUCCACUCGAUAGCUUCUGCUUCGUACCGAAACUGGUAUUGACAAUCAAUUCUCCCACUAGUCACYAGGCCUCUGUCGGAAAGAUCCAUUGAACUAUCGCAGCGAAGAGACAUGUCGUGCUACUACCUGGCACUCACAUUGCUGGCUUUUGUUUCCGUCGGAACGUCAUUUUCGGUUCCCCACUUCUCAAAAGUUGUUAGUACCACAGCAAGAAUGUCUUCCACAAGCACCACCGAUGCUGAGCGGGGCACGCAGAGUAGCUACCUUCCUACCAAGGAGGCACGUCCGACAUCCGAUGGGGCCGACKCAAUCACCUUCGAGGACAUUGCCAAGUACCCCGGGCGCGCCUUUUUGUCCCGUGCAGGAGCGCCCACAAAGAUUCGAUUCGGCGCCGACAAYGAGAGCCUGAUCUAUCUAGGAGCCGGCGGCGAAGGCGGAAGCUUGACGCAAAAGCUCUGGAAACGGACCUUCAUCCAGGAAGGAAUAAUUGCUGUGGAAGACACCGAGGAUGUGAUUACCGAGUUGGCGAAACCACCCGAGGGAGUUGGACAGGAGGACACUCUUUCGGAGGAAGAAAAGCUCCGUCGGGAGCGGACUCGGCAGCUGGAAACSGGGAUCACUAAUUUCGAGUACAGCGGGAACAAGCAGGUAAUCUUGUGUCCAAUCGGGAAUGACAUCUUUGUAUUGAGAGAAGGCGGUGCCGAACCAAGCUUGCCUGGGGAUAUGGGUGAACCAACUCUCGAUGGCAGCAACAACAGYAACAACGGCAACGACAGCAACGAAUUGGUUCAGAUCGUCGAUUCAACGAAACUCCCAGGAAGCGUUAUCGAUCCCCACAUUAGCGACGACGGAUCGAUUGUGGUGUUUGUGUGCGAAAAUGAACUCUACAUGGCUUCCACGGUUUUCGACGGUGACGAAAUUCCGGCACCCGUCAAGCUGACCCACGAUGCCAAAAACGGCAUCGUCAACGGCCUCGCUGAUUUCAUUGCCAUGGAAGAAAUGUCUCGCAACGAGGGGUUUUGGAUCUCGCCCGAUUCGAAGUUCGUUGCGUUUGAACAGAGCGACGAGUCACAYAUUCCUAACUACCGCAUUAUGCACCAGGGCCAGGCSGAUCCGGCCCGGCAGGAGGACCACCGAUAUCCCUUUGCCGGCCAGCCCAACCCAAAGGUGAAGCUCGGGGUUCUGGCGAACGACGGAGACAAAGKCACGCCAGUAACUUGGCUCGACAUCCAUUCUCCGUUCGGAGAGGAUAUGUACCUGGCACGGGUYCAAUGGGGAGUGAAAAGUCCAUUUCUAGAACAACAGCACCUCUAYGUYCAGGUCAUGAACCGGGAACAGACCGAACUGGUCCUUUUGCGAUUCGACAUGACCGAAGGUGAAACGAAUGAUGCCCCACUCGUAGGCAAGGAACUGAUCCGUGAAACCGCCAAGGAGGGGGCAUGGCACAAUCUCCACGACAUCCUAGUCCCCCUCAAAUCCGGGGGCUUUGUCUGGGCCAGCGAAUCCGACAAUGGAUUUCGCCACUUGUACCUGCACGACGGAGACGGCAACCGCAUCGUUCCGAUUACGCAGGACAUGGAGCGAGGGCCCGAAUACGACAACUGGAUGGUUGAUUCGUGCACUCCGGAUAUGGUCAAUCAAGAGCGCGAUGCAUAUUACUUCACAGGAACCAAGGACGGCGCAAAGGAAUCCCACUUGUAUUGCACCUCCAUCGAAAUGUGGGGCGACGGAGAAAAGAUUCGCCGUGUGACUCCGGAGGGUGGGGUCCACUCGGUGUUGGCCAUCAAUACCCGAACGGGGAUCUUUGUCGAUUCAUGGUCUUCCAUCAACGAACACCAUAAGGUGGCGGUCCGCUCGCUCGAGGAUGGAUCUAUCCUUCGCAUGCUCCACGAUGGAUCCACCACCGACAAAAGAGUGCAUGAGCUGUCGCUUCCAGCACCUGAAUGGUUCGACGUGACGAGCACCGCAGAAAACGAAAACGCAAGUGGCAAGGAAUCAAUGACGCUCCACGGUGCUAUCUAUAAGCCGGAUCCAGAGAUCUACGGAGAUGGCCCUUACCCAGCGGUGGUAUCGGUAUACGGUGGGCCUCAUGCCCAGAUGGUCACGGACAGCUACGGCAUGACAGUAGAUUUGCGCGCCCAGCGAUUGCGGGCCCAGGGAUACGUCGUCCUCAAGGUAGACAACCGUGGAUCCACGAGACGAGGACUCGAUUUCGAGACAGCCAUCCGGUACGACAUGGGGAACCUCGAAGUGGAAGACCAGGUGGAAGCCGUUCGGCACUGGGUGGAGAAGGGUGUUGUGGACCCAAAACGUGUAGGGAUCUACGGCUGGAGCUACGGUGGAUACAUGAGUGCUAUGUGCCUUGCCAAGCGGCCCGACAUCUUCAAGGUUGCUGUCGCCGGGGCCAUGGUCUCAAGUUGGGACGGAUACGACACAUGCUACACGGAACGGUACAUGGGAACUCCUGRGUCCAACCCGGAAGGCUACGAGCGAUCGGAGGUCAUGCCCUUCGUCGACCAGAUUGAGGGUAGCCUCUUACUGGUCCACGGAUUGAUCGACGAGAAUGUCCACUUUCGGCACACGGCCCGGUUGAUCAACUCACUGAUCAAGGCGCGAAAGCAGUACGAGCUCCUCCUUUUCCCCGACGAGCGCCACGUCCCACGUGGACUUGAMGACAAGAUCUUUAUGGAAGAACGGAUCUCGUCCUUUAUCGAGCGGUGUCUAUAGUACACAAUGGGCAAUAAAAAUUUUGGCAAACU